CGACUCCUACGUGCAGUGAUACGCAGCUUUCAUUUUGCGCGAUUUCGUUACUCGGCAAAUCGCGAACUCUGUUUCCAUUUCAAGUUCUGCCGUUGUUGGUCGGGAACUCCUCUUAUCAUGCCGCCCAAGUUCGACCCUACCGAAAUCAAGAUUGUCUAUCUGCGAUGUGUGGGUGGGGAAGUAGGAGCUACUUCAGCCCUUGCCCCUAAAGUCGGACCUCUGGGUCUUUCCCCGAAGAAGGUCGGUGAUGACAUCGCUAAAGCCACGCAGGAUUGGAAGGGACUCAAAGUCACAUGCAAGCUCACCAUCCAGAAUCGUGUUGCAAAAAUCGACGUCGUUCCAUCGGCAGCUUCAUUGCUCGUAAAGGAACUCAAGGAGCCUCCACGUGAUCGCAAGAAGGUUAAGAACGUGAAACACAAUGGCGACCUCACACUGGACUCGAUCAUCAAGAUUGCAAGGAUCAUGAGGCCGCGAUCUAUGGCUAGGAAGUUGGAAGGAACCGUUAAAGAGAUCCUUGGUACCGCGCAGUCGGUUGGAUGUACCAUUGACGGCCAGCAUCCUCAUGACAUCAUCGAGCAAAUCGCCAAUGGCGAAAUUGAGAUUCCUGCCGAGUGAAAUUGUUGAUAAUUUUUGUUGUUUUUGAUAAAUUGUUAGACUUGAGUUUACGGUAUGACAUCAUCCGAAGGAAUAGUAC